AUGCCGACGAAAACGACAUCUGCCGAUAUAACAGACGCGCCAGACACGCACCAUCGACGUGUAGCAUCCGCAGACGCAGAGCCCAACGAAUCGUUUGGAAGUCAUCUCGAUGUUGAAUCGCGUAAUGCACCAACGGGCGAGCUACAGCCGCUGCUAACGCUAGUACACGCCCACUCGCGCAAGGUGUAUUUCAGUGGCUAUCUCGCCCAGCGUACGGUGCAGAACGCCGACGGGAAGCCACUCAAGACGGGCGACAGCCGCGGUGAGCUGCAGGGAGUGUUCGUCAAGUUGAUUGGUAAUGUCCUCAAUGUGUGGAUGCGCAAGGGUAUGGAGUCGGCUGCCGCUGCAGGUCAAGCGAUUCCGCCGAAUUACAUCAACAUCUCAGACAGCCACACUGAACUCGUCGGAAGCAUUCUCGUCGCCGUGCCGCCCCCCGAGUACCAGCGCACCGUCGAUCACGUCUUUGCGCUCAACUACGCCGGUCUGAACAGACAGGAGUACGUGGCGCAGGACAAGCACACGCUGCACACAGUCGUCACUGCUAUUCGUCUCUCGGCCUGGGAGAAGAAGCGGUUGGAAGAGCUCUACACAGGACACCUCCUGCGCAUCCUCCAGAGAAGCAACUUGCCCGGCAACUCCGGCAGACAGCCCUUCAUAGAACCUCACUCCCCGCUCGUAAAGGGCAAGAUGGAGGGGUGGGUCAAGGUUCGUUUCAGUGGCACAGCCAAGUGGCAGCGAUACUGGCUUGUGUUAACCAAUUACCGUCCCUCUGAGCGGAAGAAAUCCUUCUUCGGUGGAUCAAAUUCAAACACUGCCACCAGCUCACAGUCUCACUCACACAGACACGCUUUUCCCUCACCGCCUAACUACAGCGCCAUCGCAUCCUUUUACGCCCAGAAGAACGUUAAGAGCAGCACAAGACCCAUCUACACCAUGACUCUCGCCACGCAAGCCUAUGCGAUAUUUCCCGAACGCACGGAGCUAAUUUCGCACUCGGGGCUGAUGAAGAUAGACGGCAGAUUGGAAAAUGGAGAGGAGAAUGGCUACGUAGACCAGCUAGGCCAGUCAGUGCAGCGCGAAGAUGGGUGGUGUCUGCUCAUGCCGGAUGUCGGUGAAAAGCGCAAGAGCAAAGCGCGCAGCAGCACGGGGAGCAGUUUAACCAACACCAACUCUAGUGCCACCUCAAGCAUGUCCUCCUCGCACACCUGGAGCGAGAUGUUGAACUGGCUGGUCGGGAUACACGACAGCUUCCACUUGUACGGCCGACCUAAGGCGUACAGCUUCGACCCGCGCGAUCCGCGCUCGCUCUUUUUCGCCUACCCAAUCGGCCCACAGCGUGGACGGCUGUUUCUCGACAUGGAUCUGGCGCGUGGGGCGGAUGUGCAUGAGAAGAGGGGGUUCAAGGUACGUUCGAACCUGCUCGCGAUCCUGCACGAUCGCAUGCUGCCGCCAUCGCAGCAAGGAAACAGGGGCAAAGCGGCCAGCGACGACAGCAGCGACGGCGUUCCAUCUACCCGCCCUGUCUCACUGCAACCAGGCGGGCAAGUGUCGCCGGAUAAGAUGAAGACUAGGUUGGCCCGCCCACCUAGCAUUCCCUCUAUUGGCGCAGGCGGUAACGGCGUUGACGGUGUCAAUGCAUUCAGUGAACCCCUGCUGGCUGGACACAGCGGUGCGAGCGAACACAGCCUCAAGGAGCACACUAGGGAUAGCGAAAAUGACACGCUCUUACCAGAAAAUAGGAGCUAUCAUAGCUACAGAAGCUACACAAGCAACAAACGUAACACACACAACAAUACCUUGCAUACGGACACCUCCCCCAGCCUCCCACGGAUUGAGCCCCUCGGGCCAAUUGGCAUGGGUGAAGGUGGACAAGUUUAUGGCGACGUGGGCAGUGCAGAAGCAGGAAAUAUGCACAACACAGGCAGCAAAUCAACCGCCUCCACAGCCAUUCCCAGUUUCCAUGGUGUCUUUGCGCGCGAUCGGGUGAGCGAGAGCGAGAGCGAGAACGGGGGUGAAAUUGAGAGGGAUGAACUUGAGGGUGACGUUGGUCAAUCUGGUCAAUUUGCUCAAGUAGUGGACACGGGCGCGGGAGCUCACGAUCGUGAGGCUGGCGUCAGAACACCCUUCAGUUCCAUCUCAACAGGAUCGCUCCAAACGCCUGCCAGUACUGGGACUAAUGGCACGGGAAGUGUAGAAGAACAGACUGCGCGCGCUGCACAGGAGCUACGUCGCAAAUUGUCUCUAGGAGGGAGUGAUAGUGAUGAGCUUGAUGACGGCGGUGGUUUACUUCCACCUUCACACUCACACUCAGUUUCACACUCACACGCCCCUCACUCCCGCCAGAGCAUCAAUAGCGCGGCUUUCGAUCAACACGUAAUCCCUUACCCAAUCCACACGAAUCACUCAGGCUACUCAAAUCAUCAGCCUUACGAAAACCACACAAACUACUCCAUCCCCAAUACACCCUAUUCAGAAGGCUUGCCGAGCGUACAAAGCGUGCAAAGUGCUUAUAACGACGGCUCUAUUGCAUCCAAGUACUCACAGAACACAUACAACGACUACUCGGAUUACGAUGAUUACGACAGCGACGACGAAGGUGGAGGUGGCAAACGUAGAGGCGAAGCAAACACAGAUGUUGAUUUUGAUCUGAAUGUCAACCCGACGUCACUAAACGCAUCUGCAAACGCCUCAACAUCAGACCAGUACCUUAACCGCACUCAGCCAUUGGAGGUGGAAGAUAACGAAAGGACGCCGCACAUGCCCUCGCGACCACCACCAAUUCUCUCCUCACCAGUUCCCCCCUCGCCUCCGGCUCCUCCCGCACCUAAGCCAGCCAGUCUUCAGGCAGGCUCGCCUGUGUCGCCCAUAGCUAGAAGCAAUACGUCGCACGUGUCGUACAGCAGACCACCUUCGCUCCGCCACUCCCACUCUCACUCUCACGCUCAAGGCCACACGCGCACGCUUUCCCACACUGGCUCUCAACUCCCUCAUUCGCCGCUCGGCCGGGAGGGGAGUGUGUAUGGGGUGCAGGAUAAUCGCGCGUAUCCCCACCCUAGCUCACUCUCGUCUUCCCAUUCGCACUCUCACUCUCACUCUCAAUUUAACCCUCACCCUAACCCUUACGCACACUCACAUUCACGCUCGCAUACGCGUCAAAUGUCUCCUCCGCCGCAGAUGUCUCCUCCUAUGCAAAACAUGCAAAACACGCAGAGCGCGCCGGGCAUACCGAACAUGAUGCCGAGCAUGCAGAUGCCAAUGGGAAUGGGAAUGCAGAUGCCGAUGGGGAUGGGUGUCCCUAGUAACACGCAAAGUGCGCCUGGUAGUAUGCAAGGUAUGCAAGGUAUGCAGGGCAUGCCACCAAUGGAUCCAAGCGCAAUGGGUAAUCAGGCAAGUAUCACUGCCUUCUUCCAGGCGAUGAUGGCUGCGCAGCAAGCCUUCCAGCAGUCCAUGUGGCAGUACCACCAGCAGCAGCAAGGCGGUGCAGUUGCAGGUGCAGGCGUUCAUCGCAGUCCUUCUCAGAGUAUGAGCAUGAACAUGACAAUGUCCCCUUCGCAACCUAUGGCCAUGUCCCCUCAAUCACCGUACUCACAGUAUUCACAAAUGUCGCCCCAGUCUUCGUACCCCCACCAUCUAACACCUUCGCCUCAAAAUCAUAAUCACAACCACCACAACCAGUUUGGAAGCCCUGAUAUGCACUCCCAAUCAUACCAAAGCUUCUACACUCAUUCGCCCCAGAAUUGA